AUGGCUAAUACUACCACCCCGCCGUUGUCCACGUCCACCUCGACCUCAAAUUCCCCGGGCGUCGCGCCGUACCCCGAGUCGCCGUCGCCGUCGCCGCUGUCGCCGGAGAUGUUCGGCCGCGGCCGGCGCUCGCCGUCGCCCGUGCCCACGCCGAUCGCGCUCAAGAGCCAGGCGUCCAUCGCCUCCUCCAAGGCGAGCAGCAGCAGCGGCAGCAGCAGCGGCAACCGGCGCCGGCCCGGGGGCGGGGAGGCGUCGGUGUCGGCGUCGGUGUCGCAGAGCUCCGAGUCGGAGUACGGCGGGCUCGCGUAUGCGGACUCGACCGACUACGAGGACGGCGAGGAGUCGGCGCCCUCGGUGGGCUCCGGCGGCCCGGCCGAGUCGGUGGCCAAGACGAGCACGAGCGGCUCGGCGCGGUCCGAGAGCCCCGCGCGCCGGUUCCGGUCGCCGUCGUCGGACAGCGGGAGCGAUUAUGGCGAUGGGGCGCCGCCCGCGGUGGUGCCAGCGCCGACGCCGCGGGCGGGGCAUAGUCGGAAGGGCAGCCGGGAGAGCGCGGUGUCGAUGCGGAAGGUGAGCCAGGAGAAGGACGUUAGCCGGGGGCGGAGUCCGGCGCCGGCGCGGAGGGCCGCCGGUGGGAAGAAGCCGAAGGUGUGCUUGAGAUGUGAGAAGACGAUCGAGGACGGGAAGUGGGUCGCGAUGGACGAGGGCGGGGUGCUGUGCGAGCGGUGCUGGAAGAAUUUGUACCUGCCCAAGUGCAGAAGGUGCAAUCUGCCGAUCGAGAAGCAGGCGGUGUCGUCCUCGGACGGGCAGCUUAAGGGGAAGUACCAUCGGGAGUGCUUUAAUUGCCAUGUGUGCAAUAAACCAUUCCCGGACAAGACGUUCUACGUGCACGACCACAAGCCGAUGUGCGCGUACCACUACCACGAGGCGAACGACUCGCUGUGCGCGGCGGGCACGUGCGGGGCGCCGAUCGAGGGCCCGUGCGCGGUGUCGCACGCGGGGGACCGGUACCACCCGGAGCACAUGCUGUGCGAGUACCCGGGCGCGGCCGGGUGCAGGGAGCGGCUCGCGGAGUACUGGGAGGUGGAUGGCCGGAUGCUGUGUGAGCGGCACUCGCGGGUCAGGGAGGAGGAGGGCGGGGGCGGGUGGAAGCAGAGCGCGCGGGCGAUGAAGCGGACGACGCGCACCGUUGACGGCGUCUACCUGGCGCCAUACCCCUUCCUUCCUUCCUCCUCCCUCCGUCGAGGAGAGUACCAGCAACAGAUGGAGAGCCAGCGGAAACGGCUGAUGGCGAAGAACGCGACGUGGGGCGGGGCGGGCGGGCCGGGGCCGGCGGAGGCGAGCAGCAGCAGCAGUAGUAAGGCGGGGACGACACACAUCGACGAGCUGAUCGCGCGGCCCGCGGCGCAGCGGGUCGUCCCCUCCUCGUCUGCCGCUGCCUCUGCCUCGGCCUCGUACGACGCGGCGGCGACGGCGGCGUGGACGCUGGACGGGCUGCUGAAAGCGGGCGGGAACUUCCGGGCGGUGCGGAGGGUGCGGUGGGCGGCGGACGUGUGGGCGCAGCCGAUGUUCUCGAGCGGGGAGCCCGUGUGGGACUGGGGCGUCGACUGGCUCGCGGGCGAGGGCGUCACGGGGCCGGUCACGGUGCGCGACGUCGCGCGCCGCGAGGACCGCGCGAUGCGUUUGAAGGAGGUCGUGCGGCAGGCGAGGGCGGGCGACGGGGCGGGGCUGUAUGCGAAUGACGUGCCGUGCCCCGCGGCGUAUGCGCGGUUUUUACGGGACGCGGACGUCGUGCCGCGCGCGAUGGCGCCCGGGCCGGGCGGCGCGGACCUCCUCGGGCACCUCCCCGCGUCCGCGCGCGUCGAGACGCUCAUGUGCUACGUCGGCGCGGGGGGCACGUUCACGCCCGCGCACAAGGAUCUGUGUGGCUCGCAGGGCCACAAUCUGAUGACGUACGCGGAGGACGGCGGGCGCGCGUUCUGGUUCAUGACCGCCAGCGCGAGCGCGCCACAGGUGGAGGAGUACUUCCACAGCGUCCUCAAACACGACAUCGACCACGAGACGUACGUCGUCUCCCUCGUGGAGCUCGCGCGCGCGCCGUUCGACGUGUUCGUCGCGGAGCAGCGCGUCGGCGACCUCGUGCUCGUCCCGCCGCGCUCCGCCCACCAGGUCGUCAACGCCGGCGGGCUCGCAGUAAAGACCUCCUGGUCCCGCAUGUCCAUCGAGGGCCUCACCGCCGCCCUCCGCUGGGAGCUGCCCCUCUACCGCCGGGUGUGCCGCCCCGAGACGUACCGCGUCAAGGCGACGCUGUACCACGCGCUGCGCGCGACGACCGCGCAGGUCGCCGCCGCGCCCACCGCCAAGGCGGGGCCCGUCACCGUGCUCCUCAAGCUGCUGCACCUCUUCGACGCCGUGCUCGUCGACGAGUACACGCAGCCCGCGGACGGCGUCGCGCUCCUCGGCGGCGCCGGCGAGGGCGAGGUGUGGCUCGCGUGCGACUUCUGCGGCGCGGACGUGUUCCAGGCCGCGUUCGAGUGCGGCACGUGCGGGGACGGCGAGCCGGGGGACCGGCCCGGGCCCGGGCCCGGGUUCGUGUGCCGCAGGUUCAAGGAGCUCCGCGAGGCGCGCCAGGCGGGCAUCGCCGCGCUCGCGCGCUUCUCGCGCCCGUCGCUCCGGGCGUUCAAGGACCUCGUCGCGCCGAAGCAGGGCCUCAUGCAGGCCGCGCUCGUGCUGCACCGCCGGCGCGUGCUGCUCGCCGCCGCCGCCGCCGCCGACCGCGACCGGCGCUGCUCUGCCGCCGCGGGGGGCCACGCCGCCGGCGCGGACGCGGUGCUCGCGUGCGGCACGUGCCACACGGACACGUGCCUCGCGCACCUGCUGCACGCGCGCGGCGUGCACGCGGCGGACGCGCUCCUCGCGCCGGCGGACGCCGCGCACGCGCUGCACUUCGGCGCCGGUGCUGGGUCUGGCUCUACUUCUACUUCCGGCGCGGGGGCGUACGCGGCGGGCGUGGCGAAGCUGCGGGCGGCCGCGGCGCGCGCGCAGGGCGUGCCGGACGCGGGCGUGCAGCGCGCGUGGCUCGCGCGGACGUACGGCGCGUGCCGGCCGGUGCGCGCGCGCGGGUGGGCGCCGGGGUUCUACGACCUGCACGUGGAGGCGGAGGCGGCGGAGGCAGCGGAGAUCAGCGAUCGGCCUCGUGGGGGGCCCACAGAUGGGACACGCGCACACACGCACACGCACACACAGGCCCCCAGGAUGCGGGUGCUCAUGGAGUGCGUGGAGCUCCCGCCGGUGAGGUAUACGAAGAAGACGACGGCGACGACGGUGGCCGCGGCGAGGCUGUUCGAGGACGAAGACGACGAGGAGGAGGAGGAGGAGGUCGACGAGAUUGACAGCGAUUCGGCGUCGGCGUCGGCGUCGGCGUCGGAUAGCGCGGGCGGUAAGCGGCCGGCGGCAGCAACGAAGACGGGGACGGCGACGGCGGUACCAGCGUCUGCAAGAAUAGCUGCAACUGCAGCAGCAGCACCCGCGGCGGUGCCACUACCAGGAAUAGCGGGAUCAAAGAAGUCGAAGGCCACUGCCCCGGGACAGGCGCCGGGCAGCACAGCGCCACCAGCAACAGCAACAGCAUCGACAACAGCAACAGCAACAGCACCGCCCCCAACAGCCAAGAAGCCCACAGCCCCACCACCGCCGCUGCCAAAGAAGUCUACAGCUCCGGUGCCCAAGAAGCCCACCGCAUUGGCAGCGCCCCAGAACUUGAAGAAACGCGAUUUAGCGCCGGCCGCUUCUGGGUCUGCUUCCAAAGCAGUGGCCCCUUCCAGCUCCAGUAGCAGCUCAGGCUCGACUCCAGCUCUAGCGCCUCCGAGCCCCCUCCAGCUCCAGCUCCACCCAGACCCACCAAGCCUGCCCCCGCUCCCGCCCCCCGCUCCCGCAGCCAGACCCAAACCCAAACCCACCCCGGCCCCGCCCCCGGCCCGCAACCGCGAGGUAACCACCAUCGACUCCGACUCCAUGCCCUCCUCCUCCCCGCCGCGCGCCCCGCCCAAGCCCGCGGCCAGGCCCAAGCAGCCGCCCGUGCCGCUCUCGCAGCUCAGGUUCCAGAAGAAGGGCGCCGGCGCGUCGACGUCGAUCGCGACGAGCGUCGCGGACGCGUACAACGCCGCGGGCACGCAGAACGACGUCCGCCGCGGCGCGGGCGCACGUGACGCGGCGGCGGCAUCGGGCCGGGGGAGGGAGAAGGAGAAGCGGCGGAGGAACGCGCGGGUCGCGCCGCCGAGCGAGAGCAGCAGCAGCAGCAGCAGCAGCGAGGAGGAGGAGGAGGAGGAGAGGCCGGUGAAGCGGAAGAGGGCGCUGCCCACGCCCACGCCGACGCCGGCGAGGAGUGUGAGGCGGCGGGUGUCGUUUGAGCGGCCCGCGAUCCCGAGCCCGGAGGACGUGGAGAUGAACGACGGGGAGAGCGCGACGAUGAUGCAGGACCAGAUCGCGGACUUGAAGGGCCAGAUCGAGGAGCUCACGCGCCGGCCGGCGUCCAGAUCCGGGGCCGGGGCCGGGGCCGGGCCGGCCAGCGCCCAUGGGAACAACGAGAUGCAGGCGCAGCUGGAGGACCUGCGGCGCGCCGUCGACGGGCUCGUGCGCCAGCAGCAGGCCCAGGCCCCGGCGCAGACGAUCGACAUGCAGCAGCUGCAGCAGCUGAUGAUGCAGGUCGCACAGCCCCCGCCCCCGCAGCCGAGAGAGUCGGACACGGUCCGCGCGAUGGCGGAUCUGCUCAAGGCCGCGCUGCAGAUGCAGAUCCAGAUGCAGCUGCGGCUCCCCCAGCCGUGGCAGGCCCAGGGGCACGGGCAGGCCCAGGGGCAGGGCGGCGGGCAGCGGCGGCGCGGGCCGAACCUGAUAAGGGCGGCGUACGAUAACAGCGAGGGCUGGGAGGAGCACUAUAACGGCAAUAAUACCAGGCCGCACCACUACCGCCCGUACCCGCACCCGUACACGUACACCCACCGCCCCUCCGGACCGACGCCGGGGCAUCACCGGCGGGCACCCGCGGGCACGGGCACGUGGCGCGACGGGCCCUCCGGCUUCGACGCCGACCCGCCGCCGCCGCCCGCGACGGGCGCGAACGCGACGCUCGCCCGCGCGAGCUGGGACCGCCCGCGCUUCGAACAGUACGACCCCGGGCACGACUACCACCACUACCACCAACCCGAGCCCGGGCCGGAGCCCGCGGUCUCGGUCUCGGCCGAGGGCUCGGAGAACGGGUCCGAGGCCGCGCGGCGCAAGCGGCGGUUCACGCGCUGGGGGCCGGAGGUGCCGCCCGCGGGCUCGGGGUCGAAGGCGGUGGCGGCGCAGCAGCCCCCCGUGACGCCGGAGCCCGCCACGGAGCCUGCGCCGCCGCCCCCGCCGCCGCCCUCGCCACCGCCACCACCGAAGCCCAAGAUUAUCAAGCACAAGAUCGCGCUCAACCCCAACACCAUCGCGACCAGCCACACGCAGGACUGGGAGGACGACUACAACUUGAAUAAGGAUGUGUAG